AUACAGCGCAAUUCGAAUUUUACCGCCUAUGUAUGUGUGGUGUUUGGCUUGGGUUGGACACGGUUUGUUUUCUAACUGGAUUGUUUUAAUAGCUACAAGUCAAAAGAUAUAGGGGGAACACCUUAGAUAAAGCAAUGGGGAGCCGAAGAAGUGAAGCCCUGGCAUCCUCACUUGUAACUGGGAUUAAUCAUGCUAUGGCCAGGCUGGUGGAUAUAUGGGACAGCAUUGGCAUAAUGGAGGAGCAGAGGAUUGAACGAAUGCAGACUGUGAAGAAAUAUAUAGAGGAUCUUUUGACGGACAUGAUCACUGAAGAGGAAUCCCUAAGACAUCGCAUAAAAACUAGUAUCAUUACUACUCGGAAGCAGUUGGAGACCCUAUGUCUUGAGUUGUCAGUGGAACCAUACAAAGUAGAGGAAGACCUGACAGUACUGCAGUUAGAGAAGAACCUGCGAUGUCACUUAGAAGCUCUGCAGAAGGAAAAGACUGAGCGUCUGCGAGAGCUGAAUGACCUGAGGCAGCAGGAUGAAGAGCUGUGUGUCACUCUGUGUGCUACACCUUACUAUAUUCCCAGCGGCAGCAUGCCCUCCCGCACCCAGCUCCAGGAGCUCCAAGAGCACAUUAAAAAACUCAGUGAAGAGAAGGAGAGCAGGGUGAAGGUGUUCUCUGGUCUAAGGAAAGACAUCAGGAGGCUGAUGGAUGAAAUGGGCCAUGAGCCAGAGACCAGCCUGGAGAGAGAGUCUGUGUGCCCUGACACAGACAUCUUCCUGCUUACACAUGAAAAUAUCCAAGCCCUCAAGCUAUUGCUUAGUCAGCUGGAAGUGAAGAAGGAAUCUCUUGUAUCAGCUCGGGACAAACUGAAGGAUCGAGCUAUAAGCUUGUGGAAUCGUCUGAGUUGUCCAGAAGAGGAAGCCAAGGAAUUUGAACAGGAAGCACUAACCACCCUCUCUGAUGAUAUCAGAAGGUGGCAAUGUGUAGUGGAUCAUUUAGAGGUACUCCAGAGAGCUAAACUGGAAGAGGUGAUAGAUAAAGCACGGCAGGAGCUUGUGGUCUGGUGGAACAAAUGCAUGUUUGGACCAGAACAAAAAGAACCUUUCAAUGCAUACUUCUGUGAUGAUAAUUACACUGAGGAGUUGCUCAACCUGCAUGACAGUGAGUUGCUGAAGGUGAAGGAAUUUUACAAGGUGGCACGCCCAUUAUUGGAGAACCUUGAGAAAUGGGAGAAGAACUGGGCUCUCUUCCAGGACUUUGAGAGAAAGGCUGCAGAUCCAAACCGCUUCUCCAACAGAGGAGGUGCCUUACUGAAGGAAAGUAAGGACAGGGCCAAAGUGCAGAAGUUGCUUCCCAAGCUAGAGGAAGAGCUGAAAGCACGUGUGGACACUUGGGAGACAGAGCAGGGCUGUACCUUUCUAAUGAAAGGGCAGAGCGUGAUGGAGUACAUCUCCAGACAAUGGGAAGAAUAUCGCUCACAGAAAGACAAGGAGAAAAAUGAACGGAUGUCCAAGAAAGCAGACAGCACAUUGUUUAAGACGCCUUCUAAGAGGCCCCAUGGACCAGGGAGUAGUGGUAUGACCCCCAACAAGAUAAAAAAGACUCCUAAUCAGCUCUCAUUGCGCACCACUACGAUGAGCAGCAGCGCGAGCAGUGUGUCCAGCACCUUUCUGUGUGUGCCUGGCAAGCCUCCACUCUCAGCCAAGCAGAGGGUUAAGACUCUUGAGACUAGCUCAGUGCCCCGGACACCACUGCAGGAAUUUAACAGUGAUAAGAAGCCCAUCUCCAUUACCUAUUCAGACUUUACUAGUCAACUCUCCCAGAAGGCCAGUCACGAUUCUGUUCUGAAUUCUACUGUUAAAGAUGUACUGUAAUUCACCUUUUAAACAGGAACAUUUAACUGAUAUUUUAGGUCAUACACAGGUCACACAUGCAGGUGCUUCUUAUGUCCACCAUUGAAUAUUCUAAGGUAAUUUUUUUAAAUAUAUAUAUAUAUAUAUAUAUAUAUAUACUUGUUUAUACCAUGUUGCUUUAAAGAGCUUCUGCUUUUGCUACAUAUAUGGGUUUAGCUUUAUAUUCGAGCUAUAUAGUACUAUGUAUAUGCAUGUAUUCCAUACACAUUUCGAAUAUUUCUGUGCUGAGCACUUCUGAUGCUGUAUUUGUCUCGAUAAAAGCAAAUAAAUAUCUAAACUUUUA